UCCCAACAAAAAACAAAACCAAGAAAUGGCUGAACAACAACAAGAUCAUCACAAAGAGCUUCAGCUUUUACCUUCUCCACCGUCAACGGAAUCUCCCUUGAGAAAACUCCGAUCAACAGUUAUAACAACCGAUCACCACCAUUCCUCUUCCAUGAUCCACCACGAUCUCGACCUUAAACUCUCCAUCAGCCUCAGCACAAUCCCAACGGCGACUGUGGAGCAUCCAAGCGGUGGCGACGGAGGAGGUGUCGAGGCGCUGAAGUGGCAGGCGGCGGAGCAGAUAAGACUUGCGGCGAUAGAGAAGGCUUACGCCGAGAGAGUUAGAGAGUUAACUCGCCGUGAAAUGGAGAUGGCUCAAUCUGAGUUCGCUCAAGGCAAGGGAGGAGGUGGAGAGAGCGGAGAGGUUGAAGGAGAGAUCAAUGAAGAAGAUAGAUACGAGUUGCUUGGAGAUCACUUGCCACUCUUGCAGGCAAAGGUUUAGGCCUUAAUUUCAAGUAUUCAAUUGUUUUAUCUUUGAUUAUUGUUAUUAUUAUAAAUGGAAAAUUGAGAAGAAAAGCACAAUAUUGGUUUAAUUAGUUUGAGAUAAUAAUUUGAACAAAAGAAGAGAAAGAAAUGAAGCCAUUCUUUUGUUUAAAUCAUAUUUUGUGGUUAAAUUCAGUUUGUUUUCAUUUUCGAGUUUGGUAAUAUAUUAGGUCCUUCUUUUUGUUUUCUUGAAAUUGAAGGUACACUAUCAGAUCAGAAAUGAUUUAUUUUCUAGCUACUUUA